CGUCUAUCAAUGUUCGAUUCCGUACUCAACUACAUCACCCAUCCUAUCCGGAGUACUAUUGGGUUGUGUUUGUUGGUUUUAUUUUAAUUAUUUAAUCUAUUGAAACCAAUUUUGAAAUUUACUUUGAAUAACUCGUGUUCGGUCUGUUCCUGUCAUAAAGUGAAGACGAAUUAACAAUGGCCAUGUGGACGACGUUUACGAACACAGGAACAUCAGAUCCUAGCCGAGAAUCGGGUUUAGGAAGUGAUUCUGAUAAUAUGGCUGAAUUAGCACAGUUAUUACAGGCAGAUAUACCAGAAGGCCGCAAUAGUUUGUCUGAUAGCCAUGUCAAUUUAGAGCGUGUAGCUGAAUAUUGUGAAGGAAACUAUUUCCAAGCUGAGAAUAAACGAUUAGCUUUAGAAGAAACAAAAAAUUAUACCACUCAAUCUUUAGCUAGUGUUGCUUAUCAAAUCAAUACUCUAGCUUAUAAUUUUUUACAAUUAUUAGAUCUACAAACUGUUCAACUAUCUGAAAUGGAUAGUCAAAUCAAUCAUAUUGCUCAAAAUGUGAUGAUUCAUAAAGAAAAAGUUGCUAGAAGAGAAAUUGGUGUGUUGACUGCGAAUAAGACAACUAAUCGACAAUAUAAAAUCAUUGCUCCUGCUAACCCAGAAAAACCUAUAAAAUAUGUCAGAAAACCAAUUGAUUUUACUGCUCUUGAUGAUAUUGGCCAUGGUGUUCGUAAUACUCCCCGUAUGGUACGUCAACCAAUUUCUAACAGUUCUAGUGCUUCAACUAAUAUAUCAUCUGUUGGACCUGCUCCCACAAUCAAACCUCCAACUCCACCAGCUGUUAUAAGAGCCACUGGAUCAUUAAGUAAAGGGUCUCGGGAAUAUCGUACACCUCCUGCUGUUGCUCCACCGCAAGUUCCUAGUCAUUAUGCUCCUAAUUAUCCUCUUGGUCAUGUCAGACGAGAAAAAGGACCUGGUUAUAAUACCCUGCCUCUUCAUCAUACAUCGUCAUCUAGUAGUAUACAACCAGCUCCAAUCAUUGGCAUGGUACAUCCAAUGCAGCAAUCCGAACAACCAUCAUCCUUGAACUCUAUGCCUCCUCCUCCAUCUCCGCAUACAUUAAACUCAAGAAUGGGAGUUGGACCUGAUUUAUUAGACCAUCAUCUCCAUCAAGCUCCUUUUUCAUCGACUACUGACCAUUAUCGUUCAAACACAUCUCAACAGUCAUCCACAGAUCAUUAUCGUUCAAAUAUAUCUCAACUGUCUUCUACAGACCAUUACCGUUCAAAUACAUCUCAACAAUCUUCUACUGACCAUUACCGUUCGAAUACAUCUCAACAAUCGUCUACUGACCAUUAUCGUUCAAACAUGUCUCAGCAGCCAUCUACUGAUCAUUAUCGUUCAAACAUUUCCCAACAACAACCAUCUACUGAUCAUUACCGUACCAGUACCUCUCAAUUACCUGGUAUUUUAAAAAAUUCAGUACAGUACCACUCUUCAUCAGCAGUAGUCACUACACCACAACAGCUACCUACUAGACAAUCAUCAGCUUCGCCACCUUUACCACCACCACCAGAAGAUCAUUUUGGACCUGUUACCGCUGGUCCAAUAGUACCUCAGGAACCUGACCUUCCAGGGUGGGUUCCAAAGAAUUAUUUAGAAAAAGUGAUUGCAAUAUAUGAUUACUAUGCUGACAAAGAUGAUGAAUUAAGUUUUCAAGAAAAUGCCGUUAUUUAUGUAUUGAAGAAAAAUGAUGAUGGUUGGUGGGAAGGUGUAAUGGAUGGUAUUACUGGUUUGUUCCCAGGAAACUAUGUAGAAGGUUGCAAGUAAAACACUAUUUAUUUUAUAAACAAUUUAAUGACAUUUGUUAAGCUAUAUACAAUUAAUAUUACUCAAAAAGGCUAUC